AUGAUCGUUAUUUUUUUCUUGUUAACUCUGAAACAUUUUGUUUAUAGUGAAGAUAUUUGUAAUUCUAUUAAUUGUGGUUCUGGUACUUGUAUAACAACAAUAAAUCCUACUUUACCAUAUUAUUGUCAAUGUUCAAAUGGUUUUAAUACAAUUUUACCAUGUCCAUCUGAAAAUCCAUGUUCACGAAAUCCAUGUGGUCAAGGAACGUGUGAAGUUGUACCAAAAUUACUUUAUGGUUAUUUAUGUCGAUGUGCUGAUGAUAUAAUAUCAUUAACAAAUUGUAACGUUACUCGUAAUAUUUGUGCUUCGAAUCCAUGUGUUCAUGGAAUAUGUAUUGAAGGUUUAACAAGUUUUAUUUGUCAUUGUUUAUCAACAUGGACAGGAAGAAUUUGUAAUGAAAAAAUUGAUUCAUCUUGUUCAAAUAAUCCAUGUGGUACAGGCAAAUGUUUUCAAAUUAAUGAUCCAUCUCUUCCAUAUAUAUGUUUAUGUUCAAGCGGACAAUUUGCAAUGUCUUGUCAGAAUAUGAUAUAUUCAUCUACGGCCACAACUCGAAUACUUACAACUAUGACACAUUUACCAAAUGUAUGCAAUCCGUUGAAGUCUCAAAGUUGUAUGAAUGGUGGUCAAUGUCUUCUGACAAUAAAUAGUUAUCAAUGUCAUUGUAAUUCAGGUUUUACUGGAAAUUUUUGUGAGACGAAAAUUGAUCAAUGUACAUCGAAUCCUUGUCUUAAUGGUGGUAUCUGUUAUGAUCUACGAUCAUCUUAUAUAUGUGCUUGUUCGGAUGGUAGUUUUCGUUCACAAUGUUUACCUAAUGCAGUCUCAUCAAAGAUAAAUAAUAAUUUUAAAUGUCCAUGUCAAAAUAAUGGUGAAUGUACAAUGAUAGAUUCACAACCAUGUACAUGCCCAAAUAGAUUUACUGGUCGUUUUUGUGAAAGCGCAUUAUAUUGUUAUAGUCUACAAAAGCUUAUUUCACUUGGAUAUGUAUUUCGAGAUAAAUGGGCACAACUAACUGAUCAAGAAUUAAAUUGGAAUAAAUAG